CCUCCGCCGCACCCGGGGUGUAUCCAGUCUCUCGUCCCUCGGGCGGGUGAGCUGGGGUAGCAGAGAAGCCCCAGCAGUGCCAGGCCUAUGAUCCUCCUGCUCUAGUGGCCCCAAGUCCCCCACCUGCGCGUGACUCCUCCUCCUGACUCUGUUCCGCAGCGUCCGCACCCUGGCGACACGCUGUUUCGGCCACCGCACCUGCGUCAGGGUGGAGUAGGGGACAAUUUGGAGGUAGAAGAGGGAAACAAGGAGGGUCUGGGGAGCACUGUGGUGCCGGGUGAGCAACCUCGCUCCUGGUGGCGGGUCCCCGCAGCCUAGAGCCUCCCACCCCAGCCUGCGGCACCGAUGCGCUGUCCGCGGUGCUGACGCCGGCCGGCCGCUGGGUCGGGAGGAGGAGCAGACGCCCUGGUUCCCGCCGCGCCCGGAGCCUGUCCUUGGUUCCCAAGCCGUGUCUUUUUCCCCGAGAGGACUCCACCGGAGUCCUGGCGCUGCGGUUGGAUCCAGGAACAAAAGAGUGAGCAAAGGGAACUUAAACUUCAGGCUGGAGCCGGAGAAUCGGAAAUCGGGUUUGGCUCCCCAUGGUCCCCAGUCCCUGAGACCUCAAAGCACCAAGUUGAGCAAAGUUUCCUAGUGGCUUGAGAAAGGAAGCCCAAGCGCAGGGAAGGAAGGGCGCGGUUGUCUAGCGCGCUGGCAGCCAGCACCGCAGUGGGACACCUGCUCCGAUGGGACGCGCUGGUACCGCCAGAACGACCCGGAGGCGUCGCAGCAGCCCAACUCUCCACCCCUUCCUCCCUUCCUUACUCACCCCUCCCCAACACCCCGCCCCGUGCUCCGGUGACUCCGCCUUUCCGUGCUGGGUAGCUCUCCGGCGAUAGCAGGGAAGGGAAAGAACCGCUUUCCCGGAGGACUCGGCUCGGCUCUGAGGCUCCGAAGCCGACACCGCCAGCUCAGUAUCAGCGGUGGAACAGGACCGCCCGCCCAGCCUGCGCCCAGGCGCCACCGAGCCCCGGCAGCCUCAUGGGACGCCCCAGAGGACUCUCUCUGUGCCCUGCCACCGUGUCCCGAUCCUAGGCGUCCGGACUCCACGGCUCAACCGGCCCGCAACCCCACGGCCUGUCCGGAGAGGAGUAUGCGGCCCGGGGCCCGGUGGACUCCGGCCACCGGGCGGCGCUGGCCUAGCUUCGGAGCCCGGGGCCCGAGGGCAGCAAGUGACGAGCCGCGGGAGGCAGUAAGGCGUCGGGGAGCCGAGAGAAGCGCUCCAGCCCCGGUGCCCGCUGGGCCGCACGAUCCGCGCUGUGUGGCCUGAAACCCGGGCAGGAGGCGGAGGCUCCCUGCCGUCCCGGUUCCGGGGAGGCUGCGGAGGGGCUCCGCGGCGGCCCCAGACCUCUGGCCACCAUCCUCACGCUCCUGCUCCUGCUCCUGCGGUGGGGAUGUCACGGCCCCGGCUCCGAGCGCCGCCCCAGCCCCGGGGCUGAGCUGCGGACCAUGUCCUCCCGCAGCCCCCGGCCCCCGCCCCGCCGCUGCCGCCGCCGCCUGCCGCGUCCCUCCUGCUGCUGCUGCUGCUGCCGCCGCUCGCACCUCAACGAGGACACCGGGCGCUUCGUGCUGCUGGCCGCGCUCAUCGGCCUCUACCUGGUGGCGGGCGCCACCGUCUUCUCCGCGCUCGAGAGCCCGGGCGAGGCGGAGGCGCGGGCGCGCUGGGGCGCCACGCUGCGCAACUUCAGCGCGGCGCACGGCGUGGCGGAGCCGGAGCUGCGCGCCUUCCUCCGGCACUACGAGGCCGCGCUGGCCGCCGGGGUCCGCGCCGACGCCCUGCGACCGCGCUGGGACUUCCCCGGAGCCUUCUACUUCGUGGGCACGGUGGUGUCGACCAUAGGUUUCGGCAUGACCACCCCAGCCACAGUGGGCGGGAAGGCCUUCCUCAUCGCCUACGGACUGUUCGGCUGCGCGGGGACCAUCCUGUUCUUCAACCUCUUUCUGGAGCGCAUCAUCUCGCUGCUGGCUUUCAUCAUGCGCGCCUGCCGAGAGCGCCAGCUGCGCCGCAGCGGCUUGCUGCCGGCCACCUUCCGUCGGGGCUCGGCGCUGUCCGAGGCCGACAGCCUGGCGGGCUGGAAGCCCUCGGUGUACCACGUGCUGCUCAUCCUGGGCCUGUUCGCCGUGCUGCUGGCGUGCUGCGCCUCGGCCAUGUACACCAGCGUGGAGGGCUGGGACUACGUGGACUCGCUCUACUUCUGCUUCGUCACCUUCAGCACCAUCGGCUUCGGGGACCUGGUGAGCAGCCAGCACGCCGCCUACCGGAACCAGGGGCUCUACCGCCUGGGCAACUUCCUCUUCAUCCUGCUCGGCGUGUGCUGCAUCUACUCGCUCUUCAACGUCAUCUCCAUCCUCAUCAAGCAGGUGCUCAACUGGAUGCUGCGCAAGCUGAGCUGCCGCUGCUGCACGCGCUGCUGUCCGGCGCCCGGCGCGCCCUUGGCACGGCGCAAUGCCAUCACCCCGGGCUCCCGGCUGCGCCGCCGCCUGGCCGCGCUGGGCGCCGACCCCGCCACCCGCGACAGCGACGCCGAGGGCCGCCGCCUGUCGGGCGAGCUCAUCUCCAUGCGCGACCUCACGGCGUCCAACAAGGUGUCGCUGGCGCUGCUGCAGAAGCAGCUUUCCGAGACGGCCAACGGCUACCCGCGCAGCGUGUGCGUCAACACACGCCAGAACGGCUUCUCGGGCGGCGUGGGCGCGCUGGGCAUCAUGAACAACCGGCUGGCAGAGACCAGCGCCUCCAGGUAGAGCGGCUGCCCGCCCCCAGCGCCGCGGACCCGGCCCGGGCUGCGCGCCGCCGGGCGGGUUUGCUUCAAUCCUCUCCGAGGCCGCGCUUUCUUAAUCUUUAUCCAAUAAAAACGAAAC